GGUAAUUUACUUCUCUCCAGGAAUGACAAAGAAAACCAUCGCAAAGUUGAAAACCAAGAACGCGCCUGGUUCCGACGGUAUCACAAACUCGGCUCUACGUCAUAUUCCCAAGAAAUCAAUAGUCGCGCUGACGACAUUAUUCAAAUCCUGAGAUGUGGCCACUUCCCUGCCAUCAGGAAAGAGGGUCACAUUAUCACAAUUCCUAAACCAGGGAAAAUCCCAGAAAAGCAGACUAGCUACCGAUCGAUAACUGUCCUCUCUUCCAUUUCGAAAAAAAAUCUGCAGUCUUCCAGGAAAAAAGACUUGAACAUGAUCGUUUAGGAUCGAACGAAAAGACGGUAGCUAUUAAUGUUUAAAAAUUUAUCACGCAUAUGAUGGUAACUUAUCCAUAUAAAACAGAUAUUGCGCAAAAAGUAUCGGAAGUCAUGGGAAUUUCCACAGCAACAGUUAAUCGAAUUUUGUUAUUUUUCUUAUAAAAACUUUUAUACGCAAGAAAUUUAUGUAAUAAAUACUAACAAAAAUAACAUUUGUUUUAAUCAGUCUUAUAACUUCGUUUACACGGUCGCCCGUCUGCACUGGCGGACGGCGUAUGAGCGAGGCCCCAUUAGUGCGUUGCGCUGCGUUGCGUCGUCGCAGCGUCGUCGCUGCGUCGUUUUCCAUACAUUUUUUAUGACAUGCCCCAUUAGACCGUUGCGUCGUCGCGCGCGACGUUUCAACGGAUCGACGGACAAGAGACUAUAGCGGGAGGGAGGGUGAUGCGCUGCGUUGUCGGAGCUCCGCUGCGACGACGGACAGUGAUGCACUGCUAGAGGAGAAAGCUAGACGAGCGUAACGACAUUUUCUAUUUUACCAUGAGUGAGCAGGAUAUUGAUAUAGAUUUUCUCAUAUCCUUGGUCCAAGAAAGACCCAUUAUAUGGGAUAAAUCACACGAACAUUACAGUGAUAAAUUUCGUAAAGCGAAUGAAUGGGUAGCUGUUUGUAAAAAAAUAUUUCAAGAUUACGAGGAGUUUGAGGACCAAAAAAAGAACAAAAUUGGUAACGAGGUUGUGAAAAAAUGGAGAAGCGUGAAGGACAACUUUUUUCGAUACGUAAAAAAAAUAAAAGAAAACAGUUCGUCUGGAUCAGGGGCAAAACAAUUGAAGAAAUAUCAUUAUUACAAUCAGUUGCUGUUUUUGAUGAAAGUUGCCCAAAAUAAAACUGAUAGUAGCCUUGAAAUGGUGUCUGAAGAAACGGAACGAAAUGAAAACACAGCAUCAUCUUCUCCAUUUCCUACAAAAGAAAUGUCCUCGUUACCCCCAGGUCCUUCUCGCUACGUGCCUGCAAGCCGUAAGAGAUCAAACCAAGCAAUAGAUGAUUUCGAGGCGCAAGCAUUAAAAGCGUUGCAAGAGAAAGAAAACCGCCACUUAUCAUUUUUCAAAGGAAUUUUGCCUUCUUUGGACAGCUUUACGGAAUUACAAACUUUGACAUUCCAAAGCAAAGUUAUAAAUAUCAUUACCGAAAUUCGGUUCGGGGAACAGACUCAAUCAACAACAUGGCAGUCACGCGGAUAUCAAACUGGACAACAGUAUCAAGCAACACCAUUGCAGUCACGCGGAUAUCAAACUGGACAACAUGCCCAGUCACCAUCGCCAUCAUCGUAUCGAACAGAUGAAUUCGAAGCUACCUACUCAACCAACACUACGAUUAAUAAUUUUACUGAUGAUAGUCAAGAAGAAGAUUAUAACUUUGCUUUGUUACCUAAUAGUAAUACUUAAAUUAAACUGUUUUUAAAGAUAAUAAAUUAAUAACUGAUUAACAUUA